AUGGCACCUUUUUCUUUUAUAAAAACAUCCAUAUUAAUCUUUGCGUACUUAUUCUUAUGGUAUCAAACCAAUUAUCAACACCAGGUGAGUGCAUUAAGCACAUUAAAACAUGAUGUGUCCGAUUCAAACAGUUUAUACUCAUCAGAGGAAGAUAUAAAUAAUGGAAAUGGUCAUUUAAAGACAUUAGGAAGUGAUGGACCACAUGUUUCAGGUGUGAGGUAUGGGGAUAAUCAUCCUCCCCAAGGAAGAGGGGAACCCUCUAUUAGCAGGGGAGGAGUAGGUUCCUCCGCCUCCUCCCCCCUUAAAAAGGGAGGGGGGGGAUCUCUCCCCUUUGAGGAUCCUUUUGCCUCAUUACGGGAAUUGCAUGCCAAUUCGGCACAGUGGAACCAUCCAAGAGAUGCCAGAAAUGUAAAAGAUCAAUUUCAAAGAAUUUGUAAAAAAAUCUUUUAUCGUCGUGCCCCGAAACAUAGAUGUAUACUAUUAUUAAUAUUGGGCAUUUUGAUGUUCUGUGUUUUGUUUAUGUUGUUCGUAACUGUAGAUCCCACGGUAUUCCUGGGGAGCGGAGCUGAGGGUGGUGGUUCUUCACCAAAUGAAGUUAUAAAACUGGGUGCUGUUUGCCUCAUUGUACCCGUAUUACUGUGUGCACUUCUGGGAUACAAUUAUUAUAAAGCACGCAAAAAAUACAUCCAAAGAAAAAAAACAAAAUUUUAA